AUGAGCCAGCUAAUGCCGCUUGUGGAAGAAGCUAUGAAGGCAACCAAGAACGAGGAGCCAGCUGGCACCAUGCAGGGUGCCGCUGAUCGCGGCGAUGCUAAGGAGAGCGCCGCCGCGGAGUCCACGAACGCCGAAGGAGGGGUACCGUGGACCGGGAGUGCGCAGGACGGGAGGUACCUGCGCGAACCUGUUCGAGAGUCUGGCCCGUCAGGGCGACACAGCGGCGAAGCAGGGGACUUUGUCGCGCAAGAGGUGAGAGUAGCCGCUGCUCGCAACCAAGAUUGUAGUAGUGCCAUGGGAGAUGGUGGUGCUGCUGUUGGCUUUGGAUACGGAGCCACAACCCCAGCGAUGGGGUACCAAAGUGUGCGAUACACUUCUCCUCCGUUCAGCGAGAAAUCGAAAGAUUUCAACGAAUGGCUAAAUGAUUUCCGCAUGGCAGCUAAUGGCGCAAACCUGUUGGAACGAUUUGAAGAGAGCGGGAGCUUGGAGAUCCCCGUCAACAGCGGCAGCAGUACCGGAGCGAGCAAGUAGAGCUCGCAUUCCACACGUGGAACUUCCUGUC